AUGAUUAACGAUGAGGAAAAUGAAUUAUUAAUAGAGGAUGAAAAUCCCAAUUCUAGAUUUUCUUUGGAACUAGAAUUUGUUCAGUGUUUGUCAAAUCCGGACUAUCUUCAAUGGCUAUCAAAAGAGGGAUAUUUUGAAAAUGAAUCAUUUAUUAAUUACCUAAAGUAUCUAUUAUAUUGGUGUGAAUUUCCUUAUGUAAAAUAUAUAUCUUAUCCUCACUGUAUUAAAAUAUUAAGGCUGCUUCAGAUUGAAGAUUUUAGGAAGAACUUAUCUAAGGAAGAGGCAAUUCAAAUUAUUCGUGAACAACAAACAUAUCAAUGGAUUUACUCUAACAUAAAGAAAGAAGAAUUAAAAUUGUGA